CAUAUGAUGCGUCUCGCCAAAACUCCUUUAUUAUUUCUAGUUUUUAUCAGGUAUUUAUACUAUCGAUUUUGUUUUUAAACUAUGCUACGAAUAUAAAUGUAAAAACUAUGGUGUCUGUAUAGAGUUGACUCGGAUAAAGAGCCUCUGCGGCCCGUGCCCUUGUAUAGUCGAUUGCCUGUACUUGGCGCGAGACUUCACCGAGUCUUUGGACAAUUUUCGCAAGUCGUUCGACCAAAUAUAGAUCACUGUUUCGAGAAAGAGUCGAUAGUCGAAUGGUUGGUGUCUAAAAAUAAUUUUAAACCACAACAAAGACUGUAUCACGUAUUGGGUACAGCUGUGUUUGACAUUCUCAAGAGAGCGAAUACUGAUAUUUUAAUAAACAAUGCUCGACGUGACUCAAGACUGCAAGAAGCUAAAAGUAUAUGUAAAAGAUAUGCGAAGACACAUAGGAAAUAUUUAGGAGUUUGGAAAGUUUGUCUCUCUCUUUGAAUACACCUCCAUAAUCGGACUCAUUGAGAUUACAUGUUAACUACGUCUACUGUGACUGAGGUAGAGAGGAAGGUAGCUGGUUAAUUUAUGAAAGAAUAAACAGGCUUGGUUUCGAGGGCACAAAACUUAUUUAAUAUUGUUUCAACUAGUUUUAAGUCUUCUGAUUGUUUCCUUGUUGCAUGGCAAGCUUAUGCAUAAUUAAUAACACGGUUGUCGGAGCACACUCUCUUUUCAUUCAUGAAACAGCGAAUCAAGCUUGUCAGACUGAUCUAGAGCAGUCAACUGUGAUGUCCUUUCAUCUUGUAACCGUAUGUUCAGAGCAGUAUAUAUAUAUGCGUCAACAUUGACUUCAAUACUCAAUUUCCCUUUGUAUUGGAUACAUCAAACGAGUAGAAUAGCAAUCAGUAAAAUUGAGUAAAAUUGAAAAUGCCUGUAUACAUUUAUAUUCGAUCGCAAGAAGUUAUAUUACGUUUGAAUCUUAUUCGACACAAAGGAUGUAAUGUUUAUAAGAGGGAUAACGUUCUCGGUUGAAAAGGCGUGGAACGUAUAUGUGUCCAGGAAACUCGAAGAAAGGGGUGACGCCGAGUUCUGCAGGGCGUCGGUAUGCGGUAUCAUCCUGUGGUCGGUAGUGAAACAGCAUGGACGCUCGGCGUCGUGGCGCCCCGUUCGAUAUCCGCAGCGCGCUGCGGCAAAACACCCGGUCGUUUUGGCCCGCGUGGUGGGAGCAGCCUCCGUCUUAUUUCUGUCCGGUGUUCAACCGGGACGACGUGAGAGCCUGGGCAUCCCCGUCGACAUGGAAGACAGUUACACAGUGCAUAGACGCCGAAAGGCGGCAGCAAGAAGACGCGAAAAGACUCCGGAUCCGCCGAGAAGACUGGAGGAUGUCUCGGACGACGAGGAUGCACGUGCUAGAAUGGAGAAAAUGGUGGAGGAUACGGAGAAGAUGGAAGAGCUUGUGGAAAAUGUGAAUAAGGACAGUGAUAAAAUUGUUUUGGAAGAAGACAAGGCGAAGAUGACACAGCUGGAGGACAAAGGCGCAGUGAAAAAGGACGAAGGAGGGGAGGCAAGUACGGCGAAGAAAUCUAGCCAGCUCGUCGACAACGCGUCCAAAAAUAGUGCGGAGACACGUGACAGUGACGUGAGGGUUGAGAAGGAAAAUGGUGCGCGGUCGGUAAACCCUGAGAGUUAUGGAAAAGAUACGAAUAAAGAGGAGGCAAAGGUUAGUCGUGUUUCAGAUUCCAGGAAACAGGAAGGAGAUGAAAGUGUUAAAUCUCUCGAUAACGUAACGGUCAGUGGACCUGCUGUCAAAAUGGAGGGCAGGAAUCAAAAUGGCGAAACACGUGUCAAGAGAAGAUCCAAGGAUCGCAGUGAAAGACAUAGUUACACUACUGAUUCUAGUGACGGGGAGGAACGUAGUAUGAUAAAUCUUAGAAGGAAAAAAUCACCUGAAGGUCCAAAAUCAAAAGUGUCUGUCGGAAAGAAACCAUCCAGCAGAUCCCGUAUUGUUACGGAUACGGACGAUGACUUGAAUACAUCUAGAACCGAAUCGUCGAUCAAUGAGAAAUCGACUAGAUCCGUUAAACGUGUGUCUAGUAAGCAUAUAUAUUCAACUGGGACUGAUGACGAUUCGAGUCCACGAAAAAAUGAAUCUCUCAACGAGAAAGGAAGCACGGAGGAAUUUCAAUCUAGGAGAAGAGAGGAAAGAGAAAAAACACGCGAAAGAUCAGCUGCUCGUCACAGAUAUCCAAGUGACACAGACGAGGAUAUGAAACUCAUGAAGAAAAGCGAAACCUUCCCGCAACAGUCUGUCGAUAAAACGAUUAUUCGAAGAUCCGCUUCCGAGAUGAAGAAGCAGAUUAUUCCGUUGAGCGAUGACAGCCUAAUAGAGGAUUUCGCGAAAGCGCAGGAGGAAUAUUUGCGUAGGGAACGAGGUAUUCUAGAUCCUGAUCCUAGUGACGUGUUUUAUAAAACAAACAAAGAUUCCUCUGCGAGACGUAGAAAGACAAGUAUAAUACAUACAGAGCCAGAAAAGGAAAAAAUAGUUAAAGCCGUAGAAUCAAAGAGAUCCUGGUUUUCCUGGUUGCCGUUUUUCGGUAAGAAAGAAAAAAUUGACGAACCCGUACCAGACACGAAAAUAAUCGAAAAAACUAAAAAGGAAAUAUCAAACGAUGCGAAGAAAAAAUCGAAAAAGGCAAACGAACGCGAACGAGUAUCCGUCAUGGAAUAUUUCAGGGCUCUGCGAGACAUCGUGUCCGAGUUCAAAGCAUUUGUAGAACAGAAUCCUAAGGAGACGCAAAAAUUGCGUAAAUUACGUAAUCGUUGCGUAGCUGAUCUUAUACUCGUUAUAAUUUAUUGUGGUCUUGGCGCUUUUGUAUUUCGUUUCACGGAGGGCGCUUUCGAGACGUUCUACAAGUGCGGCGUUAAAAGAGUCAAGAGAGACUUUCUUGACAGUCUCUGGAAUUAUAGUCACAAUAUGAGGGAGGACGACUGGAAAAGCAUGGCUCGUAGGAAGCUUAUGGAAUUCGAGGAGCAACUUCACACAGCACACGAAGCCGGAGUACAUAGUUACAGUGGACAAAAAAAUUGGACUUUUUUGAAUGCCGUGGUCUACUGUCUGACCGUCAUAACAACAAUUGGUUACGGCCAUAUCUCACCGAAUACCACGACUGGCAAGGCCCUCACGAUAGUUUAUGCGAUUUUUGGCAUUCCAAUUUUCCUGAUAAUAUUGGCUGACUUUGGUAAACUUUUCACAAGAGGCAUCAAGUUUCUCUGGGCUUUCGUAAGAAGAGUCUACUACACCGGAAGUUGCCGCAAAGUUCGUAGAACCGCACCCAUGCAGGAGGUUAUGAAAGGAGUUCAAUUGGUAUACGACUUCGCAACGUUCAGAAGGCCAUCGCAAAUGAAUCCAGAAGAACUGGAGGAAAUGCAAAGGCAACAAAAUCAAGCGCAAACAGUUAUAAAUCUAGAUGGCAACAUGCCUCAGCCAGACACUCCAGGAACGCCGGCCAUGUCGGCGUACGCAAUCGACGACGAGUUCAAUCUACCAAUUUCGGUAGCCAUAUCUGUUUUGCUAGGAUACAUUUUCAUCGGUGCCUCCGGUUACUACAUGUGGGAGGAUUGGAGCUUCUUUGAAAGUUUCUACUUUGUAUUCAUCUCCAUGAGCACCAUUGGAUUUGGAGAUUACGUACCACAGCAUCCGAUGUACAUGAUGGGUUCGAUAGUGUACUUGCUCUUUGGCCUGGCCCUUACAUCUAUGUGCAUCAAUGUAGUUCAGGUUAUGCUCUCGGACUCUUUCAAGCAAGCCAGUCAAAAAAUUGGAGCUACCAUAGGGUUCGAGGUCGUCGAAGAUGAUGGUUCUGUGCAACCGGCAGUACCAGAUCCUGUAGAAUUAGCCGACGUACACGUUACCGUUAAAGAGUCAAACAGUCAAGAAAAAGUUGCUCCAAAGGCACAGCAAGAAAACGUCGAAUUAUAAAGCAAAGCUUAUUUGGCAUCUAUCAUUGAUCCAUUGAAUAUCGUACAAUGGAGAAUGAAAGUGAUAAAAAUGUACACGAAUACUCCUCGAAAGUUCGUGUUUACUAGUACAGUACCAGUUCCGAUCUUGCGUUGAAUCUCUUCACGCUUUACGUAUUUACACACGAAUUUUUACUUGACACUCUCCUCCACAUUAUACACGCAUGCAGAAAGCAGCAGGCAAGCCAGUCAAGACGGAACGAAGCAUCGUAGGGCAUUUUUACAUUGAUUUAUUUGAUUCUUUUUUUUUCGUAAUUGUAUAAUGCCCUUUUGGUGCUAAGUACUUAUUCCUAUCAGCUCAAGCAAUGUCGCACUGACCGCCGCGCUUGCAUGAUAAAAAUCAACGCGAGAUACAAAAGAAAUACUCAUUCCUUCUUGGAAAUUCUUUUUAAACGUACACGUGUAGAGUCUCGAUUUCAUUUCGUAUAGGGGAUAACUGGAGAAGCUUAUAAAAAAGAUGGUACGUGAGGAGCGACUAAGAAUGAAUUGUUACGCUGACAAACAUUUGAAAUAUUCUGGACGCCUGUUGAAAUAACGUUUCUGUAGUGUAUCGAGGGAAACAGAUAAAAUAUGACGCGAACUUUUUGCGAAAUCAAAGCUACUCUUGCCAAAUACACUUCAUAAAGAACUUAUGAGAUAUUUUUCGUAGUUUAAUGUCUAUUGACAAUAAAUUUUAAGCGAUUGUGGCGAGCCGUGUAUAAUUUAUAGGACUUAGCUGGUUUUACGCAAUAGUUUUAGCAGUUUUAUUCGCAUUUUUUUCCAAUUCACUAUUGCUUUAACUUUUCUGAACGACAAAAUCGGUAUGGGUUUUGGAUGGUUUCCAGGAUUGACAAUGAACGAGGUGGAAAAAAUGUAGGAAAUGUGGAUUUUAAUAAGAUAAUAAUGACUUUGAAGAUGCCAAGAUUUAGGAAAGUCAAGGACUGGCAAAUUUAUAAUGCACAAAGCGAAAGUAUAAUUGAUCCAUAUCAGACCCACUAUCAAUUCCUAUUAUUUUUUGAGUUCCAGUUGUAUUCUCAACUUAUUUUUAAGGAAGCCUACGAUUUCGUCGAGCGAUUACUGCUGACGCAUUCGCAUCGGGAGAUAAAAGAAACUCGUGCCUUUUUACAAAUGUAAAACUAUAUUGUUUACGAUUUUAUCUAGUCCUUAUUGCGAGAAUUCGUGCAUGUGAUAAAUUCGAAUGGCUUUAUCCACUUUGCGUGGUAGAAAGUCAAGUCGAAACUCUUCAGUCGCCAGCCUGGCAGGAAGGGAGGGAUGAUAUAGUUUUUCUUCCUAAGUAUACUGUAUACAGUAAAUGUACGCGUAUGAUAAUUUUGCCGAAAAAUUAUAUGAUAAUUAAAGUAUAAGUAAGGGCGUUUACUUAUUGUAUAAAUUUAUUAUUAUUAUUUUAAAUUUGUUUAUGAAUAAAUUAAAAACGUAACAAGCAAAGUA